AAGCUAUGAUAUACACUUUUUCUAUGCUCUUUCAGAUCCUAGAGGGUUUGAUUCCCCAAUUUUUUGACAAUGAGACCCUCCAAAGGCAGGAUCUCUGGUCUGCAGUGUGUAAAUCGGUUCUGAUCUUCUGCUGCCCUCUGGUGCUCAAAUAGGUAAACUACACUUCACAUGGAGUCGGAAAUUCAAACACAUUUGGACUAAGAAAAACAGCUAAAGUUACAGUCUGCAUGAUGUACGUCUACACUACCAGUUAUUUCUGCUGCAAGAAAUGUUAUCAAGCUUCUAGCAGGAAUGGAAAUGUUUCCAAAAUGUCUUGGAGAAAUGCAAAACAAACCAGAGAAACAGACAUGAGAAAAAAACCCUGAAGGUCUCCAGGUGGCCGAUAACGGGCAGAUGUUUAGGAUUGGUGGUAUUAUGAUGACCGGAGAAGCUUUUUCACAUGCAUCCCUUCUUGUUUUCUGGAUCACUUUGAGGUGCCCUGGUUUUCUCCCACUUCACCUUUCUGAAUAGAGGAACAUUUUUGAAGGAAUUUCAAUGGAGAAGAAAGUAGUGCUGAUCACAGGCUGCUCCUCCGGGAUUGGACUCAGCCUAGCUGUCCGGUUGGCCUCAGAUCCUACCAAAACCUUCAAAGUCUAUGCAACAAUGAGGAACCUGGGCAAGAAGGAGCGUCUUUUAGAGUGCGUGAAAGGGCUCCACAGGGACACUUUGGAAAUACUCCAAAUGGAUGUAACAGAUCAACAGUCCAUCCUGGACGCAAAAGAAAGGGUUGUGGAGAAAAGAGUGGACAUUCUGGUGUGUAACGCAGGUUUGGGUUUGAUGGGGCCGCUGGAGGUACAGUCUUUGAACUCAAUGAGGCAUAUUCUUGAGGUCAACCUCCUGGGCACCAUUCAGACCAUUCAGGCCUUCUUGGCUGGAAUGAAAGCACAGGAACAAGGUCAUAUUUUGGUCACUGGAAGCACCGGAGGACUCCAUGGGCUUCCUUUCAAUGAACUGUACUGUGCGAGCAAAUUUGCCAUCGAAGGAGCAUGUGAGAGUUUGGCGAUCCUCCUUCAACAUUUUAACAUCAAUAUGAGUCUCAUUGAGUGUGGUCCAGUCAACACAGACUUCCUGGUUAACCUGCAGAAGGCGGAGCUUGAAGACAUGUCUGUUGAACAGGUUGAUGGCAAAACACUCAGCCUCUACGAAAAAUACCUGCACCACUGCAACUCUGUUUUCCAAAACGCAGCACAGGACACUGAAGACAUCGUAAAGGUGUUUCUAACAGCCAUCCAGUCGCCCAGCCCUGCAUUCAGAUACUUCACCAACAGUGUGGUGGAGCCACCUCUGACCAAACUGAAGGCCGCACAACCAGAUGGAGUGCAAUACAUCAAGGCUAUGAGCGAAAUCGUUUUCUCUGGCGAGGAGCAGUAACUCAGAAAAGGCUUUGUUUUCAACUACAACUUCAUAGGUUUAGAUGCAUCUGCUUUCAGCUUCCUUGUAAGUGAUGACACGGCUUUAAAGUAGCUGUUUGAUCAAUGCUCCUGCUAAAGUUUGCAUCCCUUCACCUGGUAACUGUGCCGUGUGAUUGAUUCUCAUUGUGUUCCUAAAGUGGAAACAUUCUAGAAGAAAUGUUAAGCCUUUUUGCUUCAGUAGAUGAACGAUUCCUAGUUUUUUCCAUUGCAGUUACAGAAAAGUUAGUUCCUGUCCAAAGCGAUCUUCCUGUUUAGUUUAUUCUUUUUUUUUUUUUGAGGGGGUAAGGGUUGCAUACUAAAAAAAAGAUGCAAACAUAAAAUAUUUGAAAUGAACUAAAUUUAAAUAAAAUACAAUGAAAUGUUCUGAUUAAAUAACAAAAAAUCUUAGGUGCCAUAUUUAUAAGAUUUCAUACCAAAUGCAAUUUUAUCUUUGUUAUAUUACUUUUUUUUUUAAAUAUUACCACAAAAAAGUAACUUUUUAUAUAUCUAAUUAUAUUUUCUUACUUUUUUUUCAUAAUCCAAUUUAAGUACGGUAAUCAAACUGAAUCUUAAUAUGGUUAAAAAUGUCUAUCAACUAUAAACACCUUAAAUAAAAUGCAAAGCAUAAGUAAGGUGAUCCUGUUUGUGAUUGAUGUCAUCAUUUAAUGCAGUGAAACUGGUGAAAGUCCUGUGACUGCAAUCAACACUAACAAACAUAAAAAACAAGGAAUCAGAUAUGUGAUUAAAGAUAACAGAAACAGAGGAUGACCUGUGGAUUUUAUGAAUGCAAUCCAGAAAGGGUACAAAUCAAAUAAAAUGUAAGGGCUAGCUGAACUGCAGGAGAUUACGAGGAUAAUAUCAAUUUAUUGAAUCCAAUCUUUGGAAUCCAUGUAUAAAGUUCAGGGAUCAAAGACUGGAUGACAGAGGAGGCAGCUGGAAAGCAUCCAUGCUCCAUGUAAUAGUUGGCUCCGUCUGGGACUCAGUGUGCUCUCUUUAGCCUCAGGCAGGUUAAGCCGACUCUACUAUUACGUGUCACACCCCUGACCUGCCUUUAACAGGACUGAGGCAUUUAAAUUUACCUCUGAUCAGGUGUCCUGAUUCUGGGAAGGUUUGAAUCCCACGGUGAUUCUACAUAACACCAUGUGGGAAAUGGAAAAAGCUGCUUUCUAUUGCAAAGUUGAAAUAAAUUAACAAAGGAUCAGAACACUGGGUUUGUUUUUCUAUAUUCUACUAAUUUUUCCAGUAUCAGUGUGAAGGUUCAUGUGGUGCAACUCCUGUGUUUCCAGAGUUAUGCAACAUUGCAAUCUGGUUGUGGAAAAUUCUUUAAAUAAAAGUAGCCACAUUUCUAAAAAUCAGUCUUAUUUAAGAAGAUUGCAACUUAAACUCUUAAAAGAUUUGCAAAUUUGACCCCUAUGAUGAUCAUGUCUGACCCAGAACUGCCUUUUGUCGCUGACAAACUGUGGUAAAAGCGUCUUUAUGUGUCAUAGAUGCUUAGGUGACCAAAAAAUUCUUGGAAUUUGUUUGUAAAUAGAAAAACAAAUGGUUUAACCCUCAGAAGUUUCUGAACUUCUCAGUAAGUUUGCAAAUCACUUACGCUGUUUAUAUUGAAGACGGAUUGACAACGACCCCUCCAAUGGCCUUGUUUUCAUUCAGAAUUGAAAGUGGAGGUUUCAAAAGGUUUUUAGCUUUGAGAUUUUUGCUUGAAAGAAAACAUAUAUAGGUGUACAUAGGUGUGAUAACCCUUCAAAUAAAUCCUUUACCUGAUACUUUUAAACUAUUUUCACAUUCAUUUGACCUUGCAUGUGCUUUGUUUAUCCAUAAAUGUUUAAUCUUUUGUUAUAAAAUAUAAAACCUUUCUCAAUCUUA